CGCGGCCUGUAAACGUGGUGCCUGCGGGGCAGCGCGGCCGUCCCCGCCCCUCCGCCCUGCAGCUGAGGCCGGAGGAGCGCUGGGGUAACGGAGGAGCGCUGGGGUAACGGAGGGGCGCGGCGGCGGCCGGAGGGAGCGGGGAAGCUUUCUCUUUUGCUUCUGCUUUUUAAAACCACAAAAUGUCUGAAGUUAAGCAAAGGAAAAAAGGUAUUUCUUCGUCUAAGACCAAUGAAGGUUCACAAAACAUUGAGAAGCAAAGUAGUUAUGGGAAGCUGACAAAUCCCAGGACGAGCUAUAAUCAGAGUUCCUUUUGGAUGGACUCACGGACAAGCUUGACCAUAAUUUCCCUUGCUGUUUGCCUGGUGGUGACCUGGUUUCUGUUUCAGCAGUCAGUUCAAUUUACUGAUAUGGAAAGAAAGUACAAUUUCCUACAGCAAGAAGCUGAAAAAAUCCUGGAUGUGGAAAAUAAAGUAAAUUUAAUUUCUGAAAAGCUUGCAUCUUCUGAAAGUGUCCUGCAAGAAGCUGCUUCAUCCAUCUCUGUGAUGACUGAUUUUGAGCAGGAAAUAUCUUCUCUUCAUAACAUCAUAAAUGAUAUUCAGAACAAUGAACAGACUCUUUCUCUAAAGAUGCAGAGCAUUAAUAAGAAGUUCCAAAAUGUUACAAAUUCCUGGAGAAGAAGCUUGGAUGAAAUGAAUACAAACACUAGUGGUUUAAAAUCUGAAGCAAAGUUCAUACAUACAGAAGUUACUUCCCAAAUUAAUGAAGUCGACCAAAGAAUUAAAUCCCUUUCAGAAAGAGUAAAAGAUUUGGAAGACAGUACAGCCAGAAAUAUUAGAACAGUAAAAACGCAAGAAGAUGAUGAAUUCUCUAGAGUUGAACACAAGUUGGACUUGCAUGCAAAGGAAGUUGAAAAGCUAGAAGAAGAACAGAAUAGUCUGGUAGCCAAGGACACGGACCUGAAUCAGAAACUUGCAAACUAUGAACCUAAAAUUGAGGAGUGCAAGACUCAUUUGCCAACAAUUGAAAAUGCUAUUCAUUCUAUUCUUAGAUUGUCGAGUGAAUUGCUAGGUAUGGAGAAAAAGAUACAGGACUUGACAACACAGCUGUUCACUGUGGAAAAUAAUAUGUUGAAAACGGUUUCUGAUACAAUGGCGAUGCAAAAGGUUCUCGAAGGCAUACAGUACAAUGGCAGCUUGUUGGAAGUGCAACAUGAAAUAGCAGCUUUAGAAACAGUAGUGCCCGACAUAACAGUAUCUUCAAAAGCAAAAGGAGUAACUUUAGAAAGCUAUAACUUAGGAGAUGACCAGAAGGGGGAUAAGUAAAUUUGGACUUAGGUUUUUCAUUGAUGAAAAAGCACUUUAUUUUAAAUAAUGUGAUUUCAGUGUAUGUUAAGGAUAUGUCAUUAAUUUAAACAGACAUUGGAUUAGCCUGAAAGGCAAACUUAUAAUAAAGAGGCUAGAGAGCAAGCCAUACUGUGUUGAAAAAGGAAAGAAAUAUUUUCUUAACUUAAGGAUUAUAUUCAGCUUAUUUAUUAAAAGAUCCUUUUCAUUUAAGGAAUUUGAAGCAAAGUGUUUAGAUUUAAGGAAAAAAAAACUAAUAUUUUUAGUUUUCACUGCUUAAGUUUCUGUUGUUAUUACUUUUUGUAUUAUUUUCCAUGGACUUGUAACACAAUGAACAAUUAAUCACGUAUUUCUCAGUAGAGAAACAUGUACCUUCCUAUAAUGUAUUGUAUACCAUAACGGUUUGGGGCUUAUGGCACAGGCUUCUCAAUGUGAGAAUUGCUAUUGGGAUCUAUGUAUUUUAUUAUGUGCAGGAAAGCACUGAGUACAUUUUUAACAGCUGAAGCUUAGCUACUACAGCAUUACAGAAAACACUAGUGAAGAAUCCCCUACUGAGAACGUUGUCUUGUAUUUAUAGGCAGAUGGUAUUUACAUAGCAGCUGGUGCUAUCAUUUAUUUCUUUGACCCCAUGAAAAUAUUAGACCUCAUUUCCAGCCUUUUCAAAUGUCCUAAAAUCACUGGCAUUGCUUUGUUCUGCCAUUGAAGUCACUGAACUACAUAUAGACUAAAGUUCUUAUUAACAGAUAUUCCUGUUAGAUUCUUCUUCCAUCAUUUAAUUUACAAGUUUGGUGUGAUCAGUCACUGGAUUAGUUUGGGGGUUGUUUGUUUGUUUUGGUGCUGUUAGAAACAAAUUUUAACCUUUUAUUCUGUAGAAUGUUCUCUGUUAGGCAUUACAUUAUAUGUCUGGUAUUGCUUUGCAUUUCAAAGGGAAAAAAAAUUAACAGUGCCACUGACACUGUUUCCCAAAGUUUGCUGAACCAAGAGCUGCAAAAGUAAUUCAUGAAAUCCACGGAGUUAAGUACUUGGGAUCAGGGAAUAUGCAGUUUAUCCAUAGAUCUACUUACACAUAUUAUCUAAUAGGCCUGAUAGCCGUUCAUUGAAAUGUGGAUCUCAGGGAUAAUAUCAUUUUUUUGUCUACAGAUUUAUAUCUUGCUAAUUUUGUAUUUCGGAACUCAGGAAAGUAGUUUGCUUAGUUGAAACAGUGUGAACCUACAAUAUUUAUGACUUAAUCAGACUUAAAUUAAAUUAUUCUGGUUUUGUACAUUUGUUUCUCUAGAACUCCACUGAAAUCUUCACUAAAGAGGUAAAAGUGCCCAUUCAAGAGACUAUGAAACCAGCAUUUCUCAAUGUUAUAAAGCUGUAUCAGUUUCAUAUAUUUAUUGCUUAUGUAUAAAUUUGUGUCUUUUUACAGUCAUAUUCAAAAUAAAAAUACAUUGUAGUGAA